AUGACUGGAACCGCACCCUGUAAUUAUACGUCACCCUCGGACUCCCAUCAGGAUCCAGAGUCGAAGGCGUCCAGCCCCUUCGGCCAACUCGCACCUGUACCCUAUGAUCUCACAUCAUCCCUAGGAUCCGGCCAGGACCUGGAGUCAAAAAACUCCAGUGUCGUAGCUUGGCAGGAAGCAGACCACGACCGUCCAUCUAUUCCUACAAGUCUGUGGGCUGAAGGUGGUUUUCUAGGGUGCCUCACACUCUUUGGUGGCUUCGUAGGAAGUUUUGCAACCAUGGGGCAAGUGUCUUCAUUCGGAACUUAUCAGGCAUGGUACCUCGAGCACCAGCUAUCCGCUUAUUCACCGUCGGAAAUCUCCUGGAUUGGUGGGCUUCAACUUUGGUUCAUGAUGUUCUCGGGUGGAUUUGUUGGCCGCUUAUUCGACGCCUAUGGACCCACGCCGUUGCUCGCAUCUGGGACGCUUAUAUACACGCUCAGUUUGAUGAUGACGUCACUAGCAACUCGGUACUACGAGUUUAUGAUCGCUCAAGGAUUUCUUCUUGGGUUGGGGGCUGGACUAGUGUAUAAUCCGUGCAUUGCCGCAUCAACUGCUCGCUUUCGCCAUUUCGCAGGUACAUCCAGUGGUAUCGUGCUAGGUGGCUCUGGCGGGGCUGUGUUUCCUAUACUGCUUCAACGCCUCCUCAGCACUGUUGGGUUCGCAUGGGCAGUCCGAAUACAGGGGUUUCUUGCACUUGCGUGCUGCAUUAUCGCAACGCUCACAAUUUCGACUCCCUCCCCUAAAAAUAAAAGCACACCGUGGAUAGAUACCAAGUCAUUCCGCGAUAUAAAAUACAUGCUUGUGUGUCUUGCAUAUGCUCUGAUAUGCCUUGGCUUAUUUAUUCCUUCCACUUAUAUCGUCCAAUAUGCACAGGCUCAGGGCUUAUCCCAAAAUAUAGGGUUUGAUCUGCUAUCGAUUAUGAAUGCUGCCAACACUGUCGGUCGCAUUGUUCCGGGAUGGUUCGCGGACAAACUUGGGAGAUUAAACCUCAUGAUUCCCUCUACUCUACUGGCUGGUAUUUCAUGUAUCGCCCUCUGGUUAUUUGCACACGAUACUGCAACCCUAGCGGCAUUCGCUGUAAUGUACGGCUUGUUUGCAGGCGCGACGAUGGGAUUGGAUGUCGCUGUUACAGCACAAAUUUCUCCACCGGAAAAUUUUGGUACACGUGUUGGGAUGUCGUACGCUUUCAUGUCUAUUCCGUCCUUGGUUGGAAGUCCCAUCGGAGGUGCCAUCUAUGCAAGCCAACAUGGCGGAUACUCGGGAAUGAUUGUGUUCGCAGCGAUCUUCAAUAUUCUAGGAUUUGCUUUCCUAAUGGCAGUGAAACUCAUGAUCAACCGUAACAUUUUUGUUAUAGUGUAA